AUGGAAACUGGCCCUUCUACAAGUGAAUCUCCGCCUCCUCAAUCCCCAUCAACGAAAAGACCACGCGGAAACGGCUUGGAGGACACCAAAUUCAGACGUCAAACCCCAGCUGAAGUGCUACCUGGAGCACUUGACUCAGUCUCUUCCCUUCCUCACUCACAACGAACCGACCCAGCAAUGGUGGUUGCUCCUCCUCCGGUGUUGGACACUGCCAACCCAACACCGCCAGCCAAUGAAGUGUUAGAAGUCACAGCAGUUGCUACAUUGGUAACUCCUGGGGAAGAAAUAGAUGAGGAAGCCAUUCGUCAACAGGCAGAAAAAGAUGCAGAAGAACGUCUACUAUCCAAUGUAGCCAGGGCAGAAGUUGUAACAACAAAUCCGGACAAAAGAGAUGGCGAGGACGAACAUUCCAACCAACAAAGGCUGAUUCUGUUUGGAAUUGGGUUUUUGCUCCUUGUUGUCGUAGCAGUGGUGCUGGCAGUGUCACUUACACGAAAGGAAGUCAUCAUUACCGUGGAACCCUCUGCAGCACCCACUACUCUUGUGCCAUCUGCAGUUCCCUCCAUGGCACCAUCCUUCUUCACCAAUGACUUUUGCAGAGGAUCACAUGAAAUGCAAGUUAACACAGUUGUAAGAGAUGCUACAUCACGCAACACAUUGGAUGAGAGUGUGGCUACAUGUGGAGAUAUUAGGAGCAAUGGCAGAGGCCAGUGGUUCAACGUGAAAGGAAAUGACGCUUGGUUACGUGUUCAUACCUGUGGUAGUGGUACCAACUAUGAUACACAACUUUCAGUCUACCAGGGAGGAGCAGCCUUUGAUGGGCAUCCUUGUGAUGCUGCAGUCUGCGUCGCUGGCAGCGACCAGUAUGACUUUUGUGGUGAUAAGAGCUAUGUGCAAUGGUUUGGACAGGCUCAUACAGAAUAUCUUGUCCUGGUUCAUGGAUACAGGUUCUACACUGGAGACUUUGAGAUGGAAAUACUGGAAGAAAAAAAUGGACAGUGUGAGGGUGCUUUCAACAUUUCGCAACCCGUGUUUAACGGCCGUGGAAGUUUUGUGAUUGAAAGUUCCAUGCAAGGAGCCGAGCUGUUGGACUCAGACCUGCUGCCUGACUGCGAUGACAAUUCACAAAAACCUUCUGGCAUUGGCGUUUGGUACGCAAUUGAUGGACAGGAUGACUCCCCUUCGUUAUACAUUGGAUCUGGGUUGAACGUUGCUGUUUACAAGGGUUCUUGCAGCAGGCUAAGCUGCGUACAUGUUGACGACUUCGACGAGUUUGAUCGUGAAGAAGGAGUGACAUUUUAUCUUCUGGUCUACGGCAACACUACAGCAACAGAAACCAGCUUUGAAUUGUCGAUCACGUGGGCACAGGCGGGUUUCUCUUUCCGGACACCAGAUAAUGCAUAUUGUGAAGCCGUGUCAAACAAUGAAACGUUCGCUCUUGAGCCGAACCAGGUUGGUUUCCAAGCCUGGACGCCAACAACACGUUUUGGGUUGGAUACUGCACCCAGCUGUGGUGACCAGGUGUGGCACACAUCAAGUGGUCUUUGGUAUUCGGCUGUUGGCACUGGAAGGGCCAUGACUGUGUCCACCUGCCCAAAUGUGACUGCUGAGACACCUGACUUUGGACGAGAUUUCUUGGAUACACAAAUCUCAGUGUAUACAGGAUCCUGUGAUAGCUUGGUUUGCGUUGAUGGCAAUGACCAAUUCUGUGGAGACCAAAGUGCAGUUUCGUGGUUUACAGAGGCAGGGGUCGAGUACCUCAUUCUUGUUCACGGUUAUGACAGCAGGGAAGGUUAUUUUGAAGUAUGGUAUGAUGAUGCUGUGCCCGAUCUGUCUCCCAGCUGUCAAGUGGCCAUCACAAUCUCAGCUGAUGGAACUUCAAAUUUAGGAAGUACAAUCUCCAACAAUGAUACACAAUCCAUUGCAUUUUGUGGGUUUGGUGGUGGUGGAGGAGAAGAAGGCAGUCCUGGCUCAUGGUAUCAAGCAGUUGGAACAGGCCAAACCUGGACUGCUUCAACCUGCUCCUCCAACACUGGCUUUUCAGCUCGGGUUUCUGUCUACGAAGGAGCUGCAGACUGCUCUUACAUUGCAUGUCUGCCGACUUCAGCUUCGGAGUCGUCGCCCUGUGGUGAUCAAAAUGCCGUGACAUGGAGAACUAUCCCAAACCAAACUUACUACUUUCUCAUUCAUGGUCAGGAUCCAUCAGCUUCUGGUGAUUUUGUCUUUACUCUGGAAGAAACAAGUUCAAACGAUAACUGCGAAGGUACUAUUGGUCCUUUGACUGUGGAUGAUGGAUUGACUACCUUUGGUUCAACAAGAAGUGCUACUUUUGACGAUUAUGUGCCCACCUGCGGAAGCGAAGGGCGGGGCACAACAGGUCGUGGCCUCUUUUACUCCUUGAUUGGCACCGGGGAGAAUAUCACUGCCUCCACCUGCUCGCCCUACACCAACUUUGACAUGAAGAUUGCAGUCUACUUUGGAAGUUGUAUUGAUCUACAAUGUGUUGCUGUCAAGCCAAGUGACUGUGAAGUGAACGAAGACGGUGCCACAUAUUUUGGAAUGUCUAUUACCUGGCCAUCACAACCAAAUGAUUUUUACUACUUGCUAGUGCAGGGCCAGGACGAGGAAACGGGAAACUUUGGCUUGGAAGUGUUUACGGCGGCUUUUGACUUGUCAGAAGGGUGA